AUGCGCGGAUUCACUCUCACAAGCACAGUAGCCUGGCUACUCUCAUGUUCGACUUCAUAUGCGAAAUGGGUACAAAUUUCUGAUUGGGGCGAGAACCCAACACACCUAGACAUGAACGCAUAUAUUCCCAAAUAUCUGGAGGAAUCGCCCGCCGUACUUCUUGCCCUACACUAUUGUGGUGGAUCGGGGACUGCGUAUCAUCAAAUGGCGAACUUUGACGCUUAUGCCGAGGCAAAAGGGUUUAUUGCAGUCUACCCAUCCACCAGAAUGGACAACAACUGUUGGGACGUUGCCUCCAACAAGUCCCUCACAGUCGAUGGAGGAGGUGACAGCACUGGUCUGGCAAACAUGAUGAGGUACUUCAUCGACAAGUAUAACGCAGACCCGAUGAGAAUCUAUGUUCAAGGCACGUCUUCUGGCUGUAUGAUGACGAACGUGCUCCUGGCCACUUAUCCGGACUUGUUCAUGGCCGGAUCUUGCUAUUCUGGUGUCCCAGCAGGCUGCCUGGCGGGCUCACCCGGAUCGAGCCCACAGACUGCUGAUGGCGCAUGCGCCAACGGCAAGAUUAUUAAGACGGGCGAGGAAUGGGCAAAGAUAGUUCGAGCUAUGAACCCAAGAUGGAACGGAGGAUAUCCCCGUCUACAGACUUUCCAUGGUACCGCGGAUGAGUUUGUCAAUUAUAACAACUUUGGAGAACAGCUGAAGCAGUGGUCGGCUGUCCAGGGUGUUGAGCUCACUCGGAAUAUUACGGAUAAGCCACAGGGAGGUUAUACUCAAAUGAUAUACGGAGAUGGUGGUUACUUGGUUGGGAUUUCUGCUCAUAACGUUGGCCAUGUGGUUCCCGUGAACCGAGAGGCCGACAUAAUGUGGUUUAAUCUAGGAGUCUGA